AAAACUCUCCGUACUUGUAGUUAACGUUUAGUUGUGCAGUUGACUUGGGCGGUAAAGCUUAUACUAUUUCGUGUGAAAGGACUUCCAAGGAAGGUGCAGUACUGUCAGUAGUGAAUUUCUUUGCUGGAAUUCAAAGCUCUAUUAAAGUCAAGAUGGGUCAAAACGAGUCAGCUCCAGCCGAAAAUACAAGUGAUCAGGGAACUGUAAAACCAGCUGUCCCUUUCGAUAAGGAUGCUGACGCUACGGCACUCUAUGAAGCUAUGGCCGGUUUCGGUACGGAUGAGGACGCCAUCAACGCUAUUCUUACCAAGAGAUCAAACAAUCAGCGACAGGAGAUAAAGGAAGCCUUCAAGACCAAAUACACGCAGGACCUUGUCGAUAGCCUGAAGGAUGAACUGAGCGGAGACUACCGCAAGACUGUCAAAGCUCUCAUGGAUGAACCUGCAGUCAUGAUUGCGCGAUGCCUCAACAACCUGUGCCAAUGUGGUGGUGAUAAGAUGGAAAUCGGUCUACUCGAGAUCAUCUACCCACUCUCUGCAACGGACGUUCUUGGAAUUGCAGCUAUAUACAAAGAGACUUUCUCCACGGUCCUCCAUGAAGAUGUAAGCAAGUCCGAUACGGGACCAUUCAAGGACGUCAUCUUAAACAUCUUAGUGGGAGAGCGUUCGUCUUCAAUCCGCGUAGACACUGCUGCCGCAAAUGAUGAUGCCGAUUUCUUUUUCAAAACGAAGCCCGAGGAUUGGCAACUGCCCAAUGAGCGUGUCGAAACACUGUUUGGGAGGGCGAGUAUUUCCCAGCUGCGACAAACGUUUACACAAGCUGACGCGCAAUUUCAGGCCAACAAUCUGAGUUUGGAGAAAGUUAUGCAGGAUAGCAAAAUGGAUGAAACUCAGAAAGCUGCCUUCACUGUUAUUUUCAAGAGCAUGUGCCAACCUCUUGGGUUCUACGUUGACUCGCUGUACUGGGCCAUGAAGGGACUAGGUACCGACGAUGACAAACUCAUUCGCAUCGUCGUAGGCAGAUCAGAGAUCGACCUGGCUUCCAUCAAGAAAAUGUUCAAAGAGAAAUACCCCACCACCACCCUGGCCGCCAUGGUCGAAGACGAUACCAGUGGAGACUACAAGAAUGUUCUCAUUGGUAUCAUCAACGCCGAUGCUGCACCUACCCCAGCCCCCACCACCACCUAAAGACCGGCUGGAGUCAUUCCAUUCACCAAGUUAACACAGUAUUAUAGCUGUACCGUAUUAUGAAGAAGAAGAACAAAUUUUUAACGUUACCAAGAUCAUAAUUACUAAGCCACCUUAUGAAUAGCCCAGACUAGUAACUUUUGUACUCUCAUAACAUCACAGGCGCUACAAGCUCUAGAGAAGGAGCCAAUAAUAAAGAUGGCCACUUUAGACAGGUAGAUAAAUGACCACUAUUGUAGGUACAUGCAUAUCACAACACUCACUGCCUGAUGAAGUGGCGGUGUUUCCGUUUACAUCUACCUUGAUGCCAUAUCAUUCCCAUGUGAGGGUUUGGGAGUACAUGGUUUACUACUGUGAGCUAUUCAUAAGCUGGCUUGGGGAUUAUAAUCUAGGUACGGAUAUGACUUGUUUAUAAUACCUACAGUAUAAUAUCGUCUGAGAUUUGUGAAGCGGGUGCUGGAGUACAAUCGCAUCAAGCGAUAUUAUAUAUCUAUAUUGGGGCAUGUGCAAAUAAAUGUUACGUAUAUAGCUUAUCAGAUACGAUGGUUAAACAUCAUAAAAUCCGUUUCUUUUACUAUACAUAUAUAUGUAUAUAUAUGUACUACUUCUAUACAAACCCUAGCAAUUCGUAUUAUUAUAAUCAUACACAGCAUAUAUGUGUACAAAACUAUAAAAAAAAAAAUAGUAUACUAUUGAAGAACUUGCACAGUACAUAGAAAUCUUUGGUUUUAAUGGAUAAAAGUAGAUGAGUAUUUAAUAUAGAUGUAAAUUAGAAUGCACUGUGGUUUGAUCUCAUUCCUGUUUGUAAUAUUUUGAAAUAUUCCGAGGGUGUUGUAGAGUAUUGACCUUUGGAAUGUUGUGUAUGAUUAGGCAAUCACACAUCCAUGACAAUAAUAUGAACACAAGCUUCAUAGAACAGAACCUCUACAACUUUUAAUUAAGACCCAUUUAUUGAGAUAUAUGUAUGGUCCAGGGCAUCUACGUGAUUUCAAGGAUAAAUAAUAUAGCACACAUUCAAUCCGUCAACAACAAAAUAAAAUGAAAGAAAUUUGUCUAGCUUUACCACUUUUUCGGUGUUUGAUUACUUAAUUAGAGUGAUGAUACAACAUCUAAAGCGACGGACAAAAUAGAGAACAUAUGCAAGUGAAGAUUACCAUAUUCAUGAGUUUUCAUAUCAUAAUAUUCAUUACUAUACAUUUGAAAUAGAGAGAUGAAGUUUUUAGUAUUAUAUUGUACAGUACAAUGUGUGCAGGGAUUUCAAAUCUAGUUUCUGUGAGAAUUUAUUUAAUCUAAUGGUCAGAUAUUAAGAUUUACAUUCUAGAAACAGCAUUAUUAUAUUAUGGUAACAACAUUCUUCAUUAUAAUGGUAAUAUAUCGUAAACUACAUUAGAAUACUUAGAACUACACUUUUUUUGGUUGCACAAACAGAAAACAAAAAAC